UGAAGGAAAAAAACGGUUCACCCCCGGUUGGACCGAUUUUGGAUACGCACAGUCACGGUCACGGUCGAUCGAUGUGGUUCCGACGUUUUUUUGCUUCCUUUUCAUUAUCAGCGAUCCGUUGCCGAUCACGUCAGUCGUCCGUCGUUAUCCUCACCAUGGCUAAUCCGCGCGAACGUCCUGUAACGAUGAAUGCAGAGCAACGAAAAGCCCUCAUUGACUCUUACAAACAAUCGGGCGAUUGCCAAUUGUACGAACUAAUGCAGUAUCAAUGCGAAGUGGGAGUGGCCAAUAUCGAAUGCACUCCUUUUGUAAGGCUGUUUUUAAAAUGCGCAGGCAAGCCAGCCACUGAAGUCACACCAGAGUACGACUAUGGAAACGACGUUACCAGCGUACUGCCUGACUUUGGAAGUAUUGACGAUCGAAAGACACCACCUGGUGUGGUCAUGAUGGACGAAGAUUCUUCAAAGGACCGAUAAAGAAAAAGUUCACGGCCCCUAUUCCCUCCUAUCUGAGUUUCAUCCCUCCAAUUCUCUGUCCAUUUUAUUCUCUAUUUUUAUGCAUACGCGUCUUUACCCGUCCCCAAGGUUUUCCCUUUCCGCACGUCAUCCAUCCUCUUUCCUUUAGAAUGAUGUAUAUAUUGAUUUUUCUGAAAAAUGAUCCAAGCAUCUCAUUUGCUGGGAUCCAGAACGGAAUGACCACGAUCUCGAUUAAAUAGCAAGUGGCUAAUGCUAAUGCAUCUAUCAAAGCUGAUAAAUCGAUCCAGUAUCGUUUAUCACUGAGCUACAACGACAACUAUAAAGGCUCAAAACCAUUCUGCA